CCCAGCCCCGUCCCCUCUCCGGAGCCGGAGCGCGAUUGGUGGCGGCGCUUGUCGCUCGGAGGGGGCCGGGCCGCUCGGUGCCGCGGCUCUCCCCGCCGCCGUGCCGCCGCCGCCGCCGUCCUCUCAGCCCAGCGGGCCGGUCGGACAGCUGAGGCAGCCGGCGCCGGCGAUGGGAAGUGGCGCGGCCGCGGACUCGGGCUCUGACAAAGUUUUCCAGACGUGCCUGCCGGGGCACUCGGCUACAGGCCACUCGUGACCGCUCUGGGAGCGCCUCGGGGAUUUUUAAUUUUGGAAGAAAAACCCACCUCAUUUCCUUUGUCAGGCUUUCCGCCCGGGUGGGCAGCGGCGGGAGCCGCAAACUUGGACUCGGCGGCUCCACAGCCAAGCGAACCUCAGGGUGUGCUAGGGGGUGUGAGCACGGCGGAGUGCGGGGGCGCGGCAAAAAGGGGUCCCUGGGAGCGCUCUAUGGAGGAGGGAGUUCAGAAUGGUGUGCACCAGGAAGACCAAAACUUUGGUGUCCACCUGCGUGAUCCUGAGCGGCAUGACCAACAUCAUCUGCCUGCUCUACGUGGGCUGGGUCACCAACUACAUCGCCAGCGUGUAUGUGCGGGGGCAGGAGCCGGCUCCCGACAAGAAGCUGGAGGAAGACAAAGGGGACACUCUGAAGAUCAUUGAGCGGCUGGACCACCUGGAGAAUGUCAUCAAACAGCACAUCCAAGAAGCUCCUGGCAAGCCUGAGGAGGCAGAAGCUGAGCCCUUCACAGAUUCCUCUCUGUUUGCACACUGGGGCCAGGAGCUCAGCCCUGAAGGCCGCCGCGUGGCCCUGAAGCAGUUCCAGUACUAUGGCUACAACGCCUACCUCAGUGACCGCCUGCCCCUCGACCGGCCCCUGCCUGAUCUCAGACCCAGUGGGUGCCGCAACCUCUCGUUUCCUGCCAGCCUGCCAGAGGUGAGCAUCGUGUUCAUCUUUGUCAAUGAGGCACUCUCGGUGCUGCUGCGCUCCAUCCACUCCGCUAUCGAGCGCACGCCUGCGCACUUGCUCAAGGAGAUCAUCCUGGUGGACGACAACAGCAGUAAUGAGGAGCUGAAGGAGAGGCUGAUGGAGUAUGUAGACAAGGUGAACAGCCAGAAGCCCGGCUUCAUCAAAGUUGUACGCCACAGCAAGCAGGAAGGCCUCAUCCGUGCCAGGGUCAGUGGCUGGAGGGUAGCCACUGCCCCUGUGGUGGCCCUCUUCGAUGCCCAUGUGGAGUUUAAUGUGGGCUGGGCUGAACCUGUGCUCACCCGCAUAAAGGAGAACCGGAAACGGAUCAUCUCGCCAUCCUUCGAUAACAUCAAAUACGAUAACUUUGAGAUCGAGGAGUACCCGCUGGCCGCCCAGGGCUUUGACUGGGAGCUGUGGUGCCGCUACCUAAACCCCCCCAAGGCUUGGUGGAAACUGGAGAACUCCACAGCUCCCAUCAGGAGCCCAGCCCUCAUUGGCUGCUUCAUUGUGGACCGGCAGUACUUCCAGGAAAUCGGCCUGCUGGAUGAAGGCAUGGAGGUCUACGGAGGCGAGAAUGUCGAGCUCGGAAUCAGGGUGUGGCAAUGUGGCGGGAGUGUGGAGGUCCUGCCCUGUUCACGGAUUGCCCACAUCGAGCGAGCCCACAAACCCUACACAGAGGACCUCACCGCCCAUGUCCGCAGGAAUGCCCUCAGGGUGGCUGAAGUCUGGAUGGAUGAAUUUAAAAGCCAUGUCUACAUGGCAUGGAACAUACCCCAAGAGGACUCAGGGAUCGACAUCGGGGAUAUCAGUGCCAGGAAGGCUCUGCGGAAGCAGCUGCAGUGCAAGACCUUCCGGUGGUACCUGGUCAGCGUGUACCCAGAGAUGAGGAUGUACUCAGACAUCAUCGCCUACGGGGUGCUGCAGAAUUCCCUGAAGACUGACUUGUGUCUUGACCAGGGCCCAGACACAGAGAAUGCUCCCAUCAUGUACAUCUGCCAUGGAAUGACUCCUCAGAACGUGUACUACACAAGCAGUCAGCAGAUACACGUGGGCAUCCUCAGCCCCACGGUGGACGACGACGACAACCGGUGCCUGGUGGACGUCAACAGCCGCCCACGGCUCAUCGAGUGCAGCUAUGCCAAAGCCAAGAGGAUGAAGCUGCACUGGCAGUUCUCUCAGGGAGGCCCCAUCCAGAACCGGAAGUCCAAGCGCUGCCUGGAGCUGCAGGAGAACAGCGACCUGGAGUUUGGCUUCCAGCUGGUGCUGCAGAAGUGCUCAGGCCAGCACUGGGGCAUCACCAACAUCCUGCGGAGCCUGUCAUCCUGACCCUGCCCCUUUGCUACUGUGUAGCACCUGCUGCCGUGUCCUGUAGCCUGCUGUCCAUGGGGGGUCGUUUGGAGUCUGGGUGAGCCAGGUUAGUGUGACCCCUGCCCACCCCACAAAAAGAGCUUUUUACUUCCUAUGAGAUUUUCAUGAAGUUUCUAGAAAGAUGCGGAAUGAUGGGCGAGGGUAUGAUGUUAUAUACUAUUUUGCAACUGUAAAUAGGGGACAAAUGGAAAAUAUUUAUAAUGGACAAUAAAAAAUGAUUGAUUAAGAAAAG